AUGGAGUUCACUAGAAAACGACUUAUACUAGUACCAAAAGAAAGGAACUCGCCGCAAAACAUUGAUUUAAGACAAAGUUUUUGCAGGACUAUUAAUUCGAAUUCUGACAAUAACUUAGUGUUUCUAGAUGAAACAGGCUUUAAUUUACAUACUUCUAAACAGUAUGGCUAUUCUAUAAAAAAUUCAAAAUGUUUUGUUACAGUGCCAGCAAAUCGUGGAAAGAAUGUAAGUCUCAUGGCCGCUAUAACAGUUAAUAGUAUUUUAAGCUUUAAGAUAGUGGAUGGUGCCUAUAAUGGCAAUCUUUUUUGCGAUUUUAUAACCAAAAAUUUAAGACCGUAUUUCCAAACGAAUCCCCAUUCUGUACUAGUAUUGGAUAAUUGUGCAUUUCACCGUAGAAGAGAUGUAAUCAAUUUGCUCAGCCAAUACAGUGUUUCAGUUUACUUUUUGCCACCUUAUUCACCACAAUUGAACCUGAUUGAGGAAUACUUUAGUUGUCUUAAAGCUAAUUAUACUUCUAUAAGGCCGUUUCCAAAAACUAGCAAUGAAGUUAAGGCUACUUUAAAUUCGCUUAUACCGACAAUUGGCGUUGAUUUUUGUGAUUGGUAUAAUGAGUUAUAA